UCAGACGUAAUGAAAACAGGAAGAAUGGGACUUGACACAAGAAAUGUUGCUGAAUGAAUCAGAGGGUAGAGAGAGAAAAAGAGGCAGCCUAAUGUACAUUUCUCGGCGGCUCGAUGGAUGACAUCGAAGCCAGAAGCACCCUUUUAGCGGAAAAAUAAUCUUGCUCGAGGCUUUGUAUCCUCGGUUUCGUUCCCGGUUGUUGGUACACAUAUGAUGGAACGGGCGAUGGAGCAACUAAACGUACAGCUGAACAGGCUGACCCGCUCUCUGCGUCGCGCCAGGACUGUCGAGCUCCCGGAAGACAAUGAAACCGCCGUCUACACACUCAUGCCAAUGGUUAUGGCUGACCAGCACAGGUCGGUUUCUGAAUUACUCCUCAACUCCAAGUUUGAUGUGAACUACGCUUUCGGACGAGUCAAGAGAAGUCUACUUCACAUUGCUGCCAACUGUGGAUCAGUGGAGUGCCUGGUUCUACUGCUAAAGAGAGGAGCGAACCCUAAUUACCAGGACAUCUCAGGCUGCACCCCUCUUCACCUGGCUGCCAGAAACGGACAGAAAAAGUGUAUGGGAAGACUACUAGAAUACAAUGCAGAUGUGAACAUCUGCAACAAUGAGGGACUGACAGCUAUCCAUUGGUUGGCUGUGAACGGGCGGACUGAGCUGCUUCAUGACCUGGUGCAGCAUGUGACUAACGUGGAUGUAGAGGAUGCCAUGGGACAGACCGCCCUUCAUGUAGCCUGCCAGAACGGACACAAGACUACGGUGCAGUGCCUGCUGGACAGUGGAGCGGACAUCAACAGACCUAACUGCUCUGGGGCCACACCCCUCUACUUCGCCUGCAGCCACGGUCAAAGGGACACGGCACAGAUCCUUCUCUCUCGAGGGGCUAAGUACCUACCUGACAAGAAUGGAGUCACCCCUCUGGAUCUGUGUGUACAGGGUGGUUAUGGGGAGACGUGUGAGAUCCUCAUCCAGCACCAUGGCAGACUGUUUCAGACACUCAUCCAGAUGACACAGAAUGAUGACAUCAAAGAGAAUAUGCUCAGGCAGGUUCUAGAGCAUGUCUCCCAGCAGAGUGACAGUCACUACCAGAAGAUCCUGACCAGUCUAGCAGAGGUGGCCACUACUAAUGGACACAAACUCCUCAGUCUCUCCAGUAGCUACGAGGCUCAGAUGAAGAGUCUGCUGAGAAUCAUCCGGAUCUUCUGCCAUGUCUUCCGCCUGGGCCCUUCCUCUCCCAACAACGGGAAUGACAUGGGAUACAAUGGGAACAAGACGCAGCGUAGCCAGGUCUUUAAGCAUCUACCCCUCUCUUUCUUUCUCUUCCUCUCUCUCUUUCUCUUUCUCUCCCUAUUUCCCUCUCUCUCUCUUUCAACAUCUGUCUGUCUGUCUCUCUCUAUCGCUCUCUCCAUCCCUCUUUCUCUCCCCUCUCUCUCUCCUUUCUCCCCUUCACUCGCUCCCUCUCCUUCACUCACUCAGUCUCUUUCCUUGCCUCCCCCUUUCCUCUCUCUCUCUGAUUUCCUCCAGCCGUUGGAGUUGCUGUGGCACUCUCUAGAUGAGUGGUUGGUGUUGAUCUCUACAGAGCUGGAGAAGAGCCACCAGGACCCCUCCAACUCCUCCUCCUCAGGGAGCGAGAUCGCCUCCCUCCUCCUCAAACAACGUGGCGACGUCAACUCCGCCUCCAUCCCUGCCGUCUUCACGGUGGCUCCGUCGCUGCCACCCUCCAUGCCCCUACCUCCUUUGCUGGACCCAGAGGUUGACAAGAGGACCCCGGAGGUUCUUAUGGAAACGCUGGAGGUAUACGCGGACGGAGAGGAUGUCAUCUCUAUGACGGCCAAUCGGCUCAGCGCGGUGAUCCAGGCCUUCUACAUGUGCUGUUCCUGUCAGAUGCCACAGGGAAUGACAUCUCCUCGCUUCAUAGAGUUUGUCUGCAAGCAUGACGAGGUGCUCAAAUGUUUCGUAACCAGGAAUCCAAAGAUCAUCUUUAACCAUUUCCACUUCCUGUUGGAAUGUCCGGAGCUCAUGUCCCGCUUCAUGCACAUAAUCAAAGGCCAGCCCUUCAAGGAGCGCUGUGAGUGGUUCUAUGAGCACCUAUUGGCAGGACAGCCAGACUCAGACAUGGUCCAUCGACCUGUCAACGAGAACGACAUCCUGCUAAUCCACAGAGAGUCCAUAUUUAGCAGUAGCUGUGCGAUGGUCUCCAAAUCGACCAAUGAAAAGCUCAAACAGGGCAUCGCCGUACGAUUCCAUGGAGAGGAAGGAAUGGGCCAGGGCGUGGUGAGGGAGUGGUUUGACGUCCUGUCCAAUGAGAUCAUCAAUGCAGACUACGGCCUCUUUACCCAGUCAGCGGACGGCACCACGUUCCAGCCCAACAGUAACUCGUCAGUGAACCCUGAUCAUCUGAACUACUUCCGGUUUGCGGGUCAGAUCCUGGGGUUGGCUCUUUACCACCGUCAGCUGGUCAACAUCUACUUCACCCGCUCCUUCUACAAACACAUACUGGGCAUCCCAGUGAACUACCAGGACGUGUCGUCCAUCGAUCCAGAGUAUGCCAAGAAUCUGCAGUGGAUCCUGGACAACGACAUCAGCGACCUGGGACUGGAGCUCACCUUCUCUGUGGAAACAGACGUGUUCGGCGCCAUGGAGGAGGUGCCACUCAAACCUGGCGGGACUAGCAUCAUUGUCACCCAGGACAACAAGGCGGAGUAUGUCCAGUUGGUAACAGAGUUGAGGAUGACUCGAGCCAUCCAACCCCAGAUAAAUGCCUUCCUGCACGGGUUCCACACCUUCAUUCCCCCCUCCCUCAUCCAGCUCUUUGAUGAAUAUGAAUUGGAGCUGUUGCUGUCUGGGAUGCCAGAGAUCGAUGUGCAGGACUGGCACAGGAACACAGAAUACACCAGUGGCUAUGACCUGGAGGAACCUGUCAUCCAGUGGUUCUGGAAGGUGGUAGAAAGCCUUACCCAAGAGGAGAGGGUCCUGCUGUUGCAGUUUGUCACUGGCAGUUCCAGGGUACCUCAUGGUGGCUUUGCCUUUCUGAUGGGAGGUAGUGGCUUACAGAAGUUCACUAUUGCCUCUGUACCAUACACAUCAAACCUACUGCCUACCUCCAGCACCUGCAUCAACAUGAUGAAACUCCCAGAAUACCCCAGCCAGGAGGUCCUGCGGGACAGGCUGCUGGUCGCACUACAUUGUGGGAGUUACGGGUACACCAUGGCGUGACGCUGGCUGCAGCUGCGUCUCAGCGGGACUCCUCUGGUCCAUGCACACGAGAGUGUGUGUGUGUGUGUGCGCAUUGGCAUGGACACAUGCAAGGAAUUCAUCCAACACUUCCUAAUCCAAACAUAUUUCACCUAUCUAUGUGGCAUAUUUCACCUAUCUAUGUGGCAUAUUUCACAUCUAUGUGGCAUAUUUCACCUAUCUAUGUGGCAUAAUUCACUUAUCUAUGUGGCAUAAUUCACUUAUCUAUGUGGCAUAAUUCACUUAUCUAUGUGGCAUAUUUCACCUAUCUAUGUGGCAUAUUUCACCUAUCUAUGUGGCAUAUUUCACCUAUCUAUGUGGCAGUUUGUUAUAGCUGGGUAGAUUCUAUUCUACAGCCAGAACAAGGUAUGAUUUUUAUAAGAUUAACAAGCUCCCAGUCAUUUCAACCCAAUUGAAGGCAAAGGAAAUGUGAUACCCCUGAUUUCACUCUGAACUGUCAAAAACAUGUUACCAUGGUCACAACAACGACUCUAGCCAGACGUCUUAUCCACUACAGACUGGCUGCACAGCAUCCCUCCCACGGCGUGAAGCCAGUCAGCUGCCUUCCUUUAAGUCUCUCUCCUUUGACAUUCUUCUCCUGUAACAUGGUCAUAUGGAAUGAUCUGGUUGGUGUGUAUUUCAGAAUUGGAGGGGGAGUCUAUAAUGAUAUUACAUUAAGGGGGUGUGGCCAGGUGGUUUUACAUGUGUUUACCAGGGAGGUAGUCGUAAAAAGGUGGCGAAGAUUCUAGCCUGCGAGUAACAUAAACACUAAUGCAAAAAAUGCUAAUUUGUCCUAGGAAUAGGUACAUAAAUGAUUCCCAAAAUGAAUAGAAGCAUUAAUGGUGCUUACAGGCGUUUAUCCCCCGCUACAGUACAUCCCUGAUCUUCACAGCUGCCUAACCACAACUCCCUCACCCUAUAAGGUGCAUGUCUCAUGGCUCUACUUUGUGAGGUUCUUCAGUUUAGUGUCAUUCUGUUGUGUUAGUCUGUCAUCUGCAGCUGUAUCUCUGUGUCCUUGUAGUGAUCAUCAGGGCCCAGUUUUUCAAAAGUUAUCUAUCCGGAUUUCGCCUAUUGGAUAGGAUUAAAUGCACAGAACGAAUAGAACAGACGAAUCAUUGACUUCUGUUCAUUCUAUUUCUAUGUAUUUAAUCCUAUCCGGUUAGAAAACUUUUGGAAAACUGAGCCCAGUAGUCAGUCAUCCCUUUCUAUUGUAUCUAACUGGCAGGACUCUGUGCGCGUCCCAAAUGAAUCCGUAGUUCCUAUAUAGUGCACUACUUUUGACCAGAGCCCUAUGGGCCCUGAUCAAAAGUAGUGCAGUAUGAAGGGAAUAGGGUACCAUUUGGGACACGGCCUCUGUUUACCAUGUUGUAUUUCUCCCAGCUCAGUCGACUUAAAGGUUAGAGGAGCACUACAGUAUAUAGAGUUAAGUGAAAGGUUUGGUCAGCAGUGCCAAAAAGGAGAGCCAGUUUUAUUUUGAUUGCUUUUUUGUUUUUAUCCUACCUGAACAUUAUGGUGGAACAUGUUCUAAAAAGGGACAGAAACAUAUCAUGACUUGACAUAUCAUGACUUGACAUAUCAUGACUUGACAUAUCAUGAAUGUAGCUAAGAAAUGUUUUAUUCUUGAUCCUUGAUUUAAAUGACUCUACUUCUUUACAAUGAUGUGGGAAUGUAAAUACUUAUAUUUCAUAUUAUUUAUCACUAUUGUUUUAAAUGUAUGACUUGUUUUGCAAUUGUAAUCAGAUGUUGUAUUGUAUACAGAGCCUUUAUAGAUAUUUCUGCAAAUUACUCAAAAACAAAGUAUGUAUUUUACCAUAAACAUAAUACAUUGUUUAAACUUUGA